CUUCGCUCCCAAAUCGCCAACCUCUUCAGUAGACAACAUCACCAAGUUCAAGAGAGUUUCAGAGAGACAGCAAAGAGAACAAAAAAGGCAGAUGAUGAUGGAGACCUUGAAUCCCAAGACCAAAAAUUUGCUCCCUGUUACAUCUUUCUACGCUGAUGGGAUCUUUGACACAUUUGUCUUUCCUCAACAAGGUGGGGAGGCAAAACAACGACGACGUCGCCGGAAGAACAAGGGAGGAGAAAGUGGGCUUUCGAAGAAGAGGAAGCUCACUACUGAGCAACAAAACCUUCUCGAGGAAAGUUUUGUUAACGACCAGAAGUUGGAAACGGACCGUAAGGAAGUGCUGGCUUCUCAGCUCAACCUUGACCCUCGACAAGUCGCUAUUUGGUUUCAGAACCGUCGGGCCCGGUGGAAGACCAAGAAGAUUGAAGAAGAGCUUGCUCAAACACAGACUUCUCAUGACAGCAUCCUCUUAGAUAAAUUGCGCCUCGAGUAUGAGGUGGUGAUGCUGAGACAGGAGCUUUCUGAAGCUCGGGCGAGGAUCCAGGAGUUGACAGAGACGCCCAAUGAUUCAAUAUCAACCAACAGUCCGCUGGAAAGCACAGUGUCAAUGGAAACUGUGAACUCUCCAUUGUUUAGGGAAUUCGGAGUUGAGACCUACGAUGAUAUAUUCUUUGUGCCACCUGCUGAAAGUGUCUCCAGUGAUUAUAAUGACGGCUUUGAUUAUGUCUCAUUGUUUGAUUGAUCCAUUAAUUACACGUAUGUAUGCAUGUAUGUAUGUAGGUAUGUAUGCAUGUAUGUAUGUAUGUAUAUUUUAAGUCAGGCUUAUCAGGAUGCUCAAGUAGUGUAGAAGAGUAGAUAAUUGAUGAUGACUAUCCUAUGUAAUUAUAUAAGUGUGCUAAUUCCUAUUUUUACUUAACCACAAA